AAGAUUAGGAAACCAUAGGAGAGCCGCCGACUCCAACUACUGUCCAUGUACGAUCCAUACUGAAUUUGACCAACUGCCCAUCCUACCUCCUCUAUGUUCUUGACAACUCAUCUUUGUUUUAUCUCAGAACUAAGCUGAUUAUAACUAAACUAAACUAAACUGAAAAUAAACUUAGGAAGAACAGACUCUAAGGGUAAGUUUAUUGCAAGACUCUAAGACUAUACUUCAGACUCUACCACAUCAGCUUUUCACUAAUUCAGACUAAUUUCAGACUCUCUUUACUUUUAUACUUUAUCCCCAGACUAUUAUCAAGACUCACUUUUUUUUUUUUAUUAAUAAGAUUUUUUUUUAUUUGGGCUAAUAUUUUUUUAAAAAAAAAUUCUAAGAAUUGAGACAUCUGGCAAGGGGAGUCUUGAGUUGAGUUUUGGAAAUCAAAACUCACUUUAAGACUAUGGAGUCUUAGAGUAGUUUAUUGCACAAGAUCCACAAAAGUUUCAAAUCAAAACUCCUUUUAAGACUUACAAUAAACUUAUCCUAACUAAAAUAAGACCACAUUUAACCAUUCACUUUAAACACAUAAAAGAUUUAAAAAAAACAAGGCCCAAAGGCCAAAAUAAUCCCAAAACACCAAAAAAUAAAAAUAAAAACCAUAAACAAACAAGGACAAAUUAGUCAAUUCUUUCCUCACACCCUCAAAUCCCCAACUUUUUCAUGACUCAUUCCACCCAAUCCUCCAAAACACAAACAACAACAACCACCACCACCAAACCAUGACCACAACAAAACCACAAAAAUGGAGUUGGCCAUCCGCCAUAAUCGGCGCAACAACCGCAGCUACAACCGCAGCACUAAUAACCGCCAAGCCAAAAGACCCAGCUUUCGAAGUCAUUUCCAUCGACUUAACAUCUUUCAAGCUCAAUUUCCCAGCUUUAGACGCCGAGUUAAUCUUAACCGUCCAUGUAAACAAUCCUAACAUCGUAGCCAUCAAUUAUGAUACUACUACUAUGUCUAUCUUUUAUGACGGCUCACUUCUUGGAACGGCUCGGCUUGAAGCUGGUUCACAGCCGGCUAGGUCUUGUCGGCUUGUUCGGCUUCCGGCUCGGCUUAGUGGGUUGGAGCUGGUGGCUCAUCAUGUUAGCCGGUUUAUGUCUGAUGUGGCUAAGAGAGAGAUGGUUAUAGAUGCUGUUGUUGAUGUGGAAGGUGUUGCGAAAGUGUUGUGGUGGGAACAUAAGUUUAGGGUACAUGUGGAUAGUAGGGUGUCUGUUGAUCCUGUUUUUCUUGAUGUUAUUGAUCAAGAUAAUAGAUCUCAGAUGGAGCUUUUUGUUUCUUGAUGUUAAUUGUUAUUUUGUAUUGAACACUAUUUUCGCCGAAUGGUCAAGAUUGAGAUGCUAUGAAAAAUAUCAUUGUUAAUU